AUGCCAGCCUUGCCUGCAAGUGCACGCGGACCGGCGAGCUCAGGGCAGGGGAAUCAACGAACGGCCACCGAACAGGCUGCAGGGGUGCCCUCGCAGCCUCCGAGAUCAGUGGCGGGUCCGCCACCCCAGCAGCGGCCACGAAGCCAGCCGCCGCGGAUUCCGGCACCGGCGAACCCAGCUUACUCUCUUCAGCGCUGCGUCUGUGACCUUGAAGGCUUGCUCUCCAAGCUGCCGGCAAAGAUCUUCGAAGCUAUGGGCUUGGGUAGCUACGUGCGACUCCUUCACAGGUUCAAGGCCCAGCGGCUGGCGCUGAGGAGCGGCAAGCCCUUGCAAGUGGCCUUGGCCUCAAGUUGGAUUCCCCCUUCCGAGCUUCCGGAAAUCCCUUUGUCACAGCAUGACCUCCUGGCCGUGGUGGAGCAGCUUGGGCUGAAGACUGCAGGCUCCGGCCUUCAACGCAUCCCCGGCUCCUCGCACCGUGCCAGCCUCUGCUAUCACGGCACGAGCCUUGAUGCGCUGGUCUUGCACGUGACGCGGCUUCUGCCAGGUGUCAGUGAACCGAUCCAGCAGCUCUCCCUGGGCUCUUUGCUGCUGCUGGGCCCUGCGAGCUCUGGCAAGACCACAGUGCUCCGGGACCUCAUCUCCACCUUGUCAUCAAGAUACCAG